UUAACCACAACACAGCUAGACACCAUAUUGAUAGGUACCACAAUGAUCUCACUCUAUCCUUUACGACCUUAACUUAUGGUGAAGCUUCUGAUGGUGAAUUAAUGAGCCAGGUAGGUAGAUAAGUAGGUCGAUGGGUGGGUAGGUAAGUGGGCAUGCAGGGUCGGUUUACCUUACAUCGCAGUCCAAGGUAAGUGUUGAGUCACCACGUAUAUAUAACCGGUUGCCGCUUUGGUGAGGUGAAGUGGGCAGUGGUGAGGUGAAGCGGGCAGUGGUGAGGCUCUUGGGUGGCAGCUCCUCAUUAUUGCGUGUGGUGUGUAGCGUGGCAGUUCCCUCCUUCUCCUGCUGGUUAUGGCGUGCGAAACUGUGUAGUGGCCGUAGUGACUCUGAUCCGUAGUCAUAAACGCACUGUUUUCUCAUCAGUACGGUUUUCAAAGGCCACAGAGAUUAAUCGUGUUCUCGCUUUUUUUUUUCUCUUUCCCGUUGAUGGUGCAAGAUCUUUGUUAAAUUGUCACCGGAAUCACAAGAACAUCCUUGGAAGCCACGAUAACCUCCACUAAAACCUGCUGAAGGUAAGUGGCAGCUGUGACUCGUUAUGAGGGGCGUCUGAGGGUGUGUCGUGGCCUGCUGCAGCCUACAUGUUCCUUGUGUCACCGUCUGUGCUGCCGCCUGAUGCAAGUAGGCGGCCGCUUCCUGCCACGCCAGUGUCCCUGGACAGUUGGUGAGCCGGCACAGUGAGCACGGCUCAUGAUGGGACCAACGGAGGAGGCCGUCAUUGCGGAGGGCGGCACAAGUUGUUCGCUAGCGGGAAGUUUCUGUCGCCCGCGCCCUCGCCGCUUGUUGCUGCUGGUCGUGGCGGUGCUGGUGCUUGGCCAGCUCUCCCUUAACAUGCUCUUCUACCGCAGUUCCGACUCUCUCUUCUAUGUCAACACUUCUGCGUCUGCCACCGGGCCGUUGCUGCUCGACUCGCGGUUGUGGUGGACAAGUUCUCGGUUGCCUUGGUUGCAGCCCGUGCCGGUGAGCCGCUCCAACUACACUUCCUCUUUGCCACCCAGCAACGCCUCCUCCUCAAGUCGAUCAGGAAGAAGGGCAGAAGGGACAGAGGCUGGAAGGAGAGAAAGGACGAGAGGGAAUUCCUCGACGGAUCUUGAAGAGGAGGGUGCGGGGAGCGGGCUACACCCUGCCAAGCUUCCAGAGCCUGCUGCUGCUCCUCCUCCCACUCCGCCAGCAGAUUCGCCUGGGGCGGCGCUGCCAUCCGGUGCAACAGUGCCACGGGCCAGUGAUAUUGGAUUAAUGUCGAACAGCGAAGGAGGCCUUGGGCAUGCCACUCAAGCGGGAGUCAGCGUUGAUAAACCGUUGUGUCCUCCUGUUCCUCCAAAAUUGGUGGGUGUCGUCAAGGUCAACAAGAGUGCCCCCAGCCUUGAGGAGCAGGAGCGUGCCCAUCCAGAGCUGGCACCGGGGGGCCAUUUCCAACCUGGGGACUGCAUGGCACGCCACAAGGUAGCCAUCAUUAUACCUUACCGGGACCGUGUGAGCCACCUCAGUGUCCUCCUCCAUCACUUGCAUCCUAUCCUGCAGCGUCAGCAGGUGGACUACACGAUCUUUGUAGUGGAGCAAGCAGGCACGAGCAAGUUCAACCGAGCGAUGUUGAUGAAUGUUGGUGCCCUGGAGGCCCUGAGGCACUACCCAUUCAACUGCUUUAUAUUUCAUGAUGUUGACCUGUUGUUGGAGGAUGACCGUAACCUGUACACAUGUCCAGAGCAGCCCAGACACAUGUCCAUCGCUAUUGAUAACAUGAAGUAUAGGUUACCGUACAAUGAUAUAUUUGGAGGUGUGAGUGCCAUGACAGUGGAGCAAUUCCGGACUGUGAAUGGCUUCAGCAACAAGUUUUGGGGGUGGGGAGGUGAGGAUGAUGACUUGUCCAACCGCAUCAAACACCAUGGCUUUUUCAUCUCCCGCUACCCUGCCAAUGUGGGCCGCUACACCAUGCUUACUCACAAGAAAGACAACCCCAAUCCCAGACGGUAUCAGUAUCUCCAUGAAGGAAAGAAGAGGUACAGUUCUGAUGGCCUCAACAGUGUCAAGUACCGUCUGCUAGACACACAACUACGCCGCCUCUAUACUUGGGUGUAUGUGGACCUCUAUCCUUCAUGAUGCCAUGCUCUUGGGUGCCUUACAAGGGAGAUAUGCAGUGCAAAAUGUGAAGGAAGAAAGCUUUGUUAUGAGGUGAAAUAUGAGUGGUUUUUAUGAAAGGUGUGUGAUAUAGCAAUGUGAUGUGUGAGAUAAUGUUUUAGGUGUGAAGUUUUAUCUAUAAUUUAUUUAUUAUUAGAGUUAGUAAGUUUAUGAAUCUCAAGGCAUAUUAAAAGAUAUUUAUUAUGGAGUGCAAUGCAAAGUCCUUCAAGACAUUAAUUAUUAAACUUAUAGCAUUCAUAUUUACUUGUACAAAAACUACUAUUGUAACAGGAAAGGGCAGAACAAUGUUAUAUUUAAAAAAGGAAAAUGGCUCAAAUUUGUAUAAUUUUUAUAUAUAAAUUGUUUAAUUGUUAAGAUAUCUUAACAUUCUUCAGAUUAUUAUUAAUUUUGAUCUUAUUUAAAUCUGUGGUUUUAGUUCUCAUUCAUUGAUAUCCACAUAUCAGUUUGAGAUUUUAAAAGGAAGGAACCAAGACAGGACAUAAAAUUACCAAAAUAAUCAAGAUUUUAAUUGAUAAAAAGUAUUAGGCUAAUUAUUUUACUGUGGAUGUGUUUGCUAUAUACUGAGUUGUACAUGCCUGCUAUAUAAUAUGUUCUGUGAUCUGAGUGGUUCAUUCAAACUUUUACAUACAAGCUAAUACAAUUAUAUGUAUACCUGGUGGAAAGUCCACAUCCAAAGGCAGUAUACAUUUCAUAUUAAUUAAUAUUUAUUGUGCAGUUGUAUAUGACUUGCAUGCUGAGUGAUAUCAACUUGUGAUCUGUUUUUAACACUAUUCUGCAAUAAUUUUUUAAAUCAAUAUUUUAAUUUUAUUAAGUGCUCACUUAUAUAUAUAUGCAUUGUGUAUAUUACAAAAUCUGCCAUUUUAGAGAGAGAGAGAGAGAGAGAGAGAGAGAGAGAGAGAGAGAGAGAGAGAGAGAGAGAGAGAGAGAGAGAGAGAGAGAGAGAGAGAGAGAGAGAGAGAGAGAGAGAGAGAGAGAGAGAGAGAGAAAAAUCUUUUGAAUUAUAUGUGGCCUCUGAUAAUGUACACCAUCUAAUCAAACCACACAGCUUAUGGGCAGGUAAAUUAAAAAUUAAAAAGUUUUUAUGACCUUUGAUAAAACAGCAUAAAGACGUAAUGAGUGCACAUAUUACAUAUACAACCCCAGUACAGUUGGUGAAAUUUGUGAGAUGAUGAGAGGAAAUGUAAAAACUGACAUUUUCAUAGUUCUCAAAACUAGGUGAGUUAGGUGGACUGCCCUCUUGCUCCUGUGUUGCAAUGACAUUUUUACCUCCCACUACUCUUUGAGGAAAGAAAACAGUUGAGAAUCUUUUAUCCAAAAUUCCAAAAUCUGAAAACCUUCAAAAUCUGAAAGUUUUUAAUGGUGUUGUGACAUAUCACAAAAUUCCUGAAAGUGGUGGGAAGGAUUACACUGCAAAAAAAAAAGUGUGUCCAUGAGUGAAGCUGCAAUGCUCAAUUUACCACCAUGGAAGGUAUCAAAAAGUGGCAAAUUAUCUAUCACCCAUGGUAACUGUCAGGCACAGUGGGAGAUACAUCUCCAAUGCUCCCUUGCCUGUUUCCCCCUUGCCACAACUUUUUCAUUUCAUCACUCACAUUUAGUACUUCUUACAUUAUAAUGGGUCCUGGUAAGUUUAACAAUGAAGAAAAGUGUUGUGAUGGCAUUUGCUCAAGAGUGGCUCAGUCAUUGUCAGACUGCAAGAAAGAUGGGAAUAUCAGAAACAGUUGUCAAAAGGGUGGUGAAGACUGCACUAGUGCUUGGAACAGCUGUUGCUCCCUGUUGCAGCUCACAAGCCUCUUCUGACCAAGAGAAAGAGGGUACAGCAACUCAGUUUUUACAAGGCAUACAUUAUAUUAACCUAAUAUUCCUGUAUUUGUCUUUUUCUUUUGCCCCAAGCCUUUCUUUUUAUCAGGAGUGACAGCUGUCCCCAGAAUUGGUGCAGCCUUUGCUACCUGUGUCAUGGCUGUCUCUGAACUUCAUAUUUUUCUUCCGGUCUAACAAUUAUUGAGCCCCUCUCAAACAAAAGUCAUCCAAACACUCCUCUCUUCAUUGCUAUUAUAAGGAGAAUGAAAUUUGAGUGAUGAAAUGCAAAGGUAGUGGCAAGGGGGAAACAUGCAGAGGAGUGCAUGAGAGAACUCUAUCCUGCAUCUGACAGUCUAGCUUCUAGAUUCUCUCACUCAGUGAUUAAAAAAAAAUAAGAAUAAGCAUAGCAUCUUCAAGGAAUAUGAGUUGCCAUGUGUGACAAUUUGCCACUGUUUGAUACUUCCCAUGGCUAAAAAGUGAGCAUUGAAGCUUUGCUUUGUGGGCACACUGUCAUGUUUACACUUCAAUAUUUUUUGUGGCCAUUGCCAUUGUAAAAUUACAUUCAGGUUAUAUGUACAAAAUAUAUGUCAUGAAAUGUAAAUGGAUAUUGUGUUUAAGACUUGGAUGACAUCUCCAAGCUGUCCCAUUUUAUAAAUGCAAAUAAAAAUAUUCCAAAAAACAGAAAAAUCUGAAAUCUGCAACACUUUUGGUCCGAGGAAUUUUGAAUAAGGGAUUCUCAACUGCACUGAUGAACUUGAUCUCCCCUAAAUUACUGAAUUUUUAAGAAACUUGAAAUCAUGUCAUCUUUGAUUAAUUUUUCAUGUUUACAGUCUUUUUGGGACUGCAGCAAUCAAUGAUGAACACUCGUUAGAGGUUCACAAUGUAUGGUUCUUAUAUUAGAUUUUAAUGUAAAAUUUUUUUUCCCUUCAACAAUUACAGUACAACUGCAGAAAAUACUGAGCACCCCUUUUUUGGCAAAAAUAUAAACUAAUACAGUUAUGAAAAUAUUUAACAGUAAAAAUAAUAGAAUAAUAAUUUAACUUUAAUUCUAUACUCAAGAAUCACUAAAAUAGUACAUUAAGAGGAUCACAAGGUGGUUUUAUUUAUGUGCAAGUUGUUCAUGAUGGAUGUGUUUAUUUUCUAGGCAAUAUUCAAUAUUCCUAAUAUUUUAGAUGCAAUGAAGGAUCUUUGGCAAGUUAUUUUUGAUACUAGUUCAAUGGCAUUUCCUAUGAUCUUUACUGGGGCUGAUUCAUUCAAUGCAACUACACAUCCACAGCCUAGAAUGCUCUGUGUGUGAGUGAAAGACAGGGUACAUGGAUAUAAUACCUUUAAUGAAUGCUAUACUCUUGUGAAUAAGAGAAGAAUCUGCAGUUUUAAAGAAAUCUACUUGUGUAUAAAAUUAAUGAACUGGACAUCACUCAGAGGAGAUACCUCUCUUUCUCAGCAACAAGGAAAAGAUACUAGUCUUUUUCUCAUGAGGUUAUAUGUCUUUUGAUUCUGAUAACAAGAGGGUAUCUUUCCUCAAAAGAAUAUAUCCACUUAACUGAAAAAGGUGACACUAGGUGGAUGGAGUUGUAAAAUGAAAAGAACCUGGCUGUCUUCAAGCCAGUCUAGGUGCCAUUUUUAACUGACUGACAAAGUAAAUUCCUCAUCUACUGUUAUCAGAUACCUAGUCAUAGUAGAGGAUACAUAAAGACAUGAUACAUACAUCAAGCCUUAUGUGAUAAUGAACAGAUAUGGAAAACCUCUAUUGGGCAGAGGCAUCAUGAUGUUAAUAUGCUCUCUGAUAUAUUGUAUAGAUUAUGAUGAAGUUUACUGAGGUGACCUGUGGCCCUAUGGUUAAUAUCUUAUUGUAAGUCAGAAAAUUAUUACCUUCAUGAUGUUGACUAUGCUGUGGCUUUUACUGUCGCUGUUAAAAAUGGAUGGUGACCAUUUAUGUCAUAUUAGAACAUCUAUUCGUGCAUACCUAUGAUGGACAUCAUUGAGCAUUAAAUGAAUCGAUGGAAAAAAAUAAACAUGGUAUUGCUUUGUUUAGUGUUACAUUUAACAAAAAUAUAAUGUAUGUGUUGGUAGGAGUAAAUUCUCAUGUGAUAUGUAGUGAAUUUGAUGCUAAUGCAAGGACAGACCUUUGUAUCUUAGGAGGGAGGGACAUCCAGACUUGAGGAAGCACGCACAUUUUAGGAUAAGUUGUUCUGGAUUUGAUGUAAAGCCAAGAACUAAAUCUUUAAUCAUAAUAUUAUAUUAAAGAGAAGUGCUUAUCAUAAGAUAAUCGACAGAUGCACAUAGAGGAGGUUGAAUUUGUAUAUGAUGGUGUACAUGUUUUUUCUAUAAAGUUUUAAUGUUCAACUAAAGAGUAUGAAAAAUCAGCCUUGAAGAAUUCAUGAACAUCUAAUGCAAAUACCAAGGAAGGACAGCCAUAAGAAUAGAUAGCAAUCUCACUAGUUAAAAGAAGGAUCCUUAAGGAAUAGAGUGAAUAUCACCUGUGCAAGUGUGAGACUGGUGAUGUAUGAUGCUGAGACAUGGCUGACUAUUAAAGAAAUAGAAAGGAUGAUAGAGAAUGCAAGAUGUUGAGAUUCAUUACACCAUAUUAAGAUAGGGAGACAUGGGGCACAACAAGGUAAUGAAAAGGUGGGGAGAGGAGAGAGUGAUAAAUGUGCUAAGGAGGUAUAGACUGAUGUGGUAUAUACAUAUCUGGAGGAGGGAGACACAUCAGGAAGGAAGGGGGAGCACUAUGUACUCAAAGUUGUUAGUUGAAUGAAAACCAGAGGGAAGACUGAUUGAAAAAGACCCAGAAAUGUUGUGUGAGAACAAUAAGAAUAAGAGAAAAGAUCCAUAACUGCAAAAAGUGGGAGAGACUGAAUACAUCUAGCUCCAUAAAGGAAAAUAAAGAUGUUAAAUGAAAUAGAGAGGAUUACAGUGACUGCUUGUAUGAGAAUAACAUUGAGUAAGAAUGUUACUGUACAUAUAUGUAUCAUUGUAGCACAAAAGAUGUUCUUGGAGACUGGGUCAAAAUACCCCCUGUAUAAGGUUAGAGUGGAAUGCAUUCCUCUUCUGACAUCAAAUUCUCACAUCCCAUGCAGUGAAAUUAUGUUUUCAAUCUCAGUAUUAUUUUUGAUGACUCAAACAAUUUGAAUUCUUUCAUAAGAAAAAGGUCUUUUUGUUGUGUGAAGUUAAAGCCCACUCAAAGGCAGUAAUAGUUAUAAACCAUCUACAGACACCAAAGCCUGUAAGUUACUUAUACAAGUACAAAGUGCAAUGAAUAAUUACACUAAUACGAUCUUCACAGCAGCAGCAAGCAUGUUACAGCACAGAACUUGCAAAAAAUCAGACAACCUUCUAGUAUUUUAGCAUAAAAAAAAAUAAAUAAAUGAAAUAAAUAAAUAAAUAAAUAAAUAAAAUAAAUAAAAAAUAUUAAAUAAAUAAAUAAAAAAUAACUUAUUUUUCAUAUAUUAAUAGAGAAUGAUAGUAAUCAAUUAUCUCUCACUUGGUGCAGUGUACAGUGAUAGAUAUGUGAUGAGCUGCAUCCCUUACAGUGUGCAGGCUUGGACAACUUGAAGUGGGCUUAGCACAUUUUGUGGUGGCUGAAAUUAAAUUUAUAUUUAUCAACACACAUUAAAGUGAACAAAACAGGGAGAAUAGGAGAGAGAAACUUAACAAAGAUUAAAUCUUGUGUUUCUCUAACUAUAAAUUUUGCCAAAAUAAUUUGUAUGCAAUACUUGUCAAUUAUAAAAAUGCAUGUGACUGGGUAGAUGCGAUGUCCUUCUAGGUGCCUGAUGAGUUAUCUCUUGUGCUAAGGAAAUAAAGAAACUUGAGAGGCUGUCUAGGUGCUGGUACAGUAAAGGGAAUGAUGGGCAUCAACAUCAAAAAGAGUGGAUGGUGAAUAAAAUAUGAAAAAAAAAAAAAUAAAUAAAAAUAAAUAAAUAAAUAAAUAAAUAAAAAUAAUAAUAAUAAUGAUAAUUAAAUAAUUAAACAAAUAAAUAAAUAAAAAUUAUGCAUCUGCUUUUACAAAAUGGAUAGAAUAUAUUUAUCAGCGAAAGUAUCAACAGAGAAUGAACAACAAUUGCAGUUUACUUUUAUAGUGCAAGCAUCUGAAAAUUAAAAAAAGAAUUGCUGCAAUGAAUGAAGUUUGUGUAACCAAUUUUGAAGGGCUAUAACUAUUAGAAAAAUUACUGAAGAUUCACUGCCUUUGCAGAGAUUUGUAAAAACAAAGUCAUUGUCAUUUAUAAAUUAUAACAACCAUAAUCAUUAUAUGAUGUCUGCUCCUCUUAGAGAAACCUCAUGCCAGGAAUGUCCAUAGCAUGUGUCUCAAGACUGCUGAAUCUUUACAGCAUCAUACCUUUACUUUAAUACUUCCCAGUCUCCCUGAAGCCCCAACCUACAUACACAAAAUAUCUAGUAGUGCUACUGCUAGAUAAAUACACACAUCCCCAGACAGAUAGAGUCACAGGUUUAGACACACACACACACACACACACACACACACACACACACACACACACUAAAUACUUUUACAGUCAGAUUAUUAAAGUGAACAAUGGAAAGAAUAGUUCUGUGACUGUCCCUCUCUCCAACUCCUGUUAUAAAGUGCAAAUGGAUAGUAAAGCAUAAUGAAAAACAUGGCUGUGGGAAUAUGAAUAAGAAAAUGUGUAUGACAUGCUCUUUGUAAGAGUAUCCGAGUUACAAGUUGUGUCAAUAAGAGGUUUUAGUAUUUUUACGCUCAUAAAUGGCUGUAGUAAGUGUUUGAAGUAUUUUUGUAUAUGUAAAUAUUACCUGUAUAAAACAAUGAUCAACUUCCAUGUUUCAUGAAGGUUUCUGUACAGAAUCUCAUUUUUAAUGGUGUUUUUUUUUUUGUUGAUCAGUCAACUUUCUGAACACUUAUUACCCAACUAGUAAUGCACCAAUUAUAAAUCAUUUUGCCACUUCAAAGUCAUUCUCUUGAAGUCCUUAGAUGUCUUCAAAUUGUGUGCCAAGAGAAUGGGAUGCUUGUGCAAGUUAAGAUGCUAUCAUGACCAUCAAGAAGGAAUUAAGUUUGUAAACUGCUUGCUUCCCACCCAUCAUAAUCUCAUCUUGAGUCUUUGUAAAGAAGGUGAUGUGUUACUCAUUUUCUAAGUAAAUGUUUCUGGAUAAUAUAUAUGUACACACACACACACACACACACACACACACACACACACACACACACACACACACACACACACACACACACACACACACACACACACACACACACACACACACACACACACACAAAGAUGGCCAAUGGUGAUUAAACAUGAUAGAUUCUAUAAGAUAACAUGCAUCAUGAUCUUUCUCUAUCUCCCAAUCUAACAGAGACCUAUCUAUCUAAUACAGGUCAGUCUAUCAUUUUAGCAUUAUGGCAAAAUACUCAUAGAUCAACAUCACUAAAAUUACUGGCAGUACUGGUUUGUUCUCUAGUAAUGAGCUGUCUUAACAGAUUGACUGUUGUGUCACUGCACAUCACCAGCAUAUUGUCUCCUUGCCUCACUCCAGCCUUGAAGUUCACUGUUACUUAGUUCUCUAAUUACUUUCAGCAUAAUUUUUCUACACAUGCACACAAGGCUCAUUUGAAGCUUUGAAUAGUGAACUUUUGGAUCUGAAUCUGUGUGUGUGUGUGUGUGUGUGUGUGUGUGUGUGUGUGUGUGUGUGUGUGUGUGUGUG